CACAAAAAAAAAUUACCUGGUUGUACUUGGUGUGGAUGAUGUUGGUGUAAAUGAUUUUGGUGUAAAUGAUUUUGGCGUAGAUGAUGAUGUUGGUGAUUUUGGUGUAGAUGAUGUAGGUGCUUUUGGUAUAGAUGAUGUUGGUGCUUUUGAUGUAGAUGAUUUUGGUGUAGAUGAUGUUGGUAUAGAUGAUGCUGGUAUAGAUGAUGUUGGUAUAGAUGAUGCUGAUAUAGAUGAUGUUGGUAUAGACGAUGUUGAUAUAGGAGUUGGUAUAGAUGAUGUUGAAAUAAGUUCCGGAGACGACGUUUCCCUUCUUGCAAGCUGUGGACGUGCUGAUUUUGCAGGAGGUGGUUGUGCUGAUUUUACAGGAGGUGGUUGUGCUGAUUUUGCAGGAGGUGGUUGUGCUGAUUUAACAGGUGGCUGUUUAGCAGGUUGUGUUUCAGUAUCUGGUGUCGUUUUAGCAGGUGGUGCUUUAACAGAUGGUUGUGUUUCAACAUGUGGUGUCGUUUUAGCAGGUGGUGCUUUAACAGAUGGUUGUGUUAGAGUAUGUGUCGUCGUUUUAGCAGGUGACGCAUCACAACAAUGGUAA